AUGGACUGCAAAAUUUGUUACUCUCUCAUUGUUUUGGUAGUUGCCUUGAGCCUAGUCUAUUCUAGUUCAGCCAUACCAGCCAAAGCGUUUUUCUACACAGUAUAUGUUCCAUCCGCAUGCUACAAAAACCAAACACAAGGGAAUUUUGUAGCAUCUGUUGGUGACUCAUUAUGGAACAAUGGUGCCAUUUGCGGGAAGAUGCUCAAAGUCAAGUGCAUUGCAAUCCCCCAGGGCUGCUUGGGAUCGGGAAUGGUGACGGUUAAGGUCGUUGAUCAUUGUAUUGAUUGUAAUUAUCCAAUCGAACUCUCUUAUGAUGCCUUCAAGUCUAUUGGUGAUAUUGGUGCCGCCGUUAUGGAUAUAGAUUACCAAGUGCUUUGA